CCCCGACCCUCUUCGGUCCUCCCCCAAGGGGAGCCGCGACACCCACCUCCCCGCCGCCCGGAGCUCCAGCCAUGGGCUCGGGGCGCGUGCCCGGGCUCUGCCUGCUUGUCCUCCUGGUCCACGCCCGCGCUGCCCAGCACGGCAAAGCUGCACAAGAUGUGGAUGAGUGUGUGGAAGGGACUGACCACUGCCACAUCGAUGCCAUCUGCCAGAACACCCCGCGGUCGUACAAGUGCAUCUGCAAGUCGGGCUACACGGGGGACGGCAAGCACUGCAAAGACGUGGACGAGUGUGAGCGGGAGGAUAACGCGGGCUGUGUGCACGACUGCGUCAACAUCCCUGGUAAUUACCGAUGCACCUGCUACGACGGGUUCCACCUGGCCCAUGACGGACACAACUGUCUAGAUGUGGAUGAAUGCGCCGAGGGCAAUGGCGGCUGUCAGCAGAGCUGCGUCAACAUGAUGGGCAGCUACGAAUGCCACUGCCGAGAAGGCUUCUUCCUCAGUGACAACCAGCACACUUGCAUCCAGCGGCCAGAAGAAGGAAUGAACUGCAUGAACAAGAACCAUGGCUGCGCCCACAUCUGCCGGGAGACCCCCAAGGGGGGCAUUGCCUGUGAAUGCCGUCCUGGCUUCGAACUCACCAAGAACCAGCGGGACUGUAAAUUGACCUGUAACUACGGCAACGGCGGCUGCCAGCACACGUGCGAUGACACGGAGCAGGGACCCCGGUGCGGCUGCCACGUCAAGUUUGUGCUCCACACGGACGGGAAGACGUGCAUCGGGGAAAGACGGCUAGAGCAGCACAUGCCCACUCAGGCCGUUUCUAAUGAGACGUGUGCCGUCAACAACGGGGGCUGUGACAGCAAAUGCCACGAUGCAGCGACUGGUGUCCACUGCAGCUGCCCUGUGGGCUUCAUGUUGCAGCCAGACAGGAAGGCCUGCAAAGACAUCGACGAGUGCCGCUUGAACAACGGGGGCUGCGACCACAUCUGCCGCAACACCGUGGGCAGCUUCGAGUGCAGCUGCAGGAAGGGCUAUAAGCUCCUCAUCAACGAGAGGAGCUGCCAGGAUAUAGACGAGUGCUCCUUUGAUCGAACCUGUGACCACAUGUGUAUCAACACACCAGGAAGCUUCCAGUGUCUCUGUCAUCGUGGCUACCUGCUCUAUGGUGUCACCCACUGUGGCGAUGUGGAUGAGUGCAGUGUCAACCGGGGCGGCUGCCGCUUUGGCUGCAUCAAUACUCCUGGCAGCUAUCAAUGUACCUGCCCAGCAGGCCACGGCCGCCUUCAUUGGAAUGGCAAGGAUUGCACAGAGCCAGUGAAAUGUCAGGGCAGUCCUGGCGCCUCAAAAGCCAUGCUCAGCUGCAACCGCUCUGGCAAGAAAGACACCUGUGCCCUGACCUGUCCCUCUCGAGCCCGGUUCUCACCAGAGUCCGAGAACGGCUUCACGGUGAGCUGUGGCACCCCCAGCCCCAAGGCUGCUCCAGCCCGAGCUGGCCACCCCGGAAACAGCACCACCUCCAGCCACUGCCAUGAGGCUGCAGCGCUGCCAGUUAAACAGCGGGCCUCCUUCAAGAUCAAGGACGCCAAAUGCCGCCUGCACUUGCGGAACAAAGGCAAAGCUGAGGAGGCCAGCCGAGUCGCAGGUGGCACCCCCUGCUCUGACUGUCAGGUCACCUUCAUCCACCUUAAGUGUGACUCCUCUCGGAAGGGCAAGGGCCGGCGGGCCCGGACCCCUCCAGGCAAGGAGGUCACUCGGCUCACCCUGGAACUGGAGGCAGAGGUCAGAGCUGAAGAAACCACAGCUGGCUGUGGGCUGCCCUGCCUCCGACAGCGGAUGGAACGGCGACUCAAAGGGUCCCUGAAGAUGCUCAAAAAGUCCAUCAAUCAGGACCGUUUCCUGCUGCGCCUGGCGGGCCUUGAUUACGAGCUAGCCCACAAGCCGGGCCUGGCAUCCGGGGAGCGAGCAGAACUGGCGGAGGUCUGCAGGCCCGGGCAGCACCGUGCGGGGACCAAGUGUGUCAGCUGCCCGCAGGGAACGUAUUACCACGGCCAGACGGAGCAGUGUGUGCCAUGCCCAGCAGGCACCUUCCAAGAGAGGGAAGGGCAGCUCUCCUGCGACCUUUGCCCUGGCAGUGAUGCCCACGGGCCUCUUGGAGCCACCAACGUCACCACGUGUGCAGGCCAAUGCCCACCUGGCCAACACUCAGUAGAUGGCUUCAAGCCCUGCCAGCCAUGCCCACGUGGUACCUACCAACCUGAAGCGGGACGGACCCUGUGUUUUCCGUGUGGUGGGGGCCUCACCACCAAGCACGAGGGGGCCGUCUCUUUCCAAGACUGUGACACCAAAGUCCAGUGCUCUCCGGGCCACUACUACAACACCAGCACCCACCGCUGCAUCCGCUGCGCCAUGGGCUCCUAUCAGCCAGACUUCCGCCAGAACUUCUGCACCCGCUGCCCGGGAAAUACGAGCACUGACUUUGAUGGCUCCACCAGUGUGGCCCAGUGCAAGAAUCGGCAGUGUGGCGGGGAGCUAGGUGAGUUCACCGGCUACAUCGAGUCCCCCAACUACCCGGGCAACUACCCAGCCGGCGUGGAGUGCGUCUGGAACAUCAACCCCCCACCCAAGCGCAAGAUCCUUAUCGUGGUACCCGAGAUCUUCCUGCCAUCUGAGGACGAGUGUGGGGACGUCCUCGUCAUGAGAAAGAACUCCUCCCCAUCUUCCAUCACCACUUACGAGACCUGCCAGACCUAUGAGCGCCCCAUCGCCUUCACGGCCCGCUCCAGGAAACUCUGGAUCAACUUCAAGACCAGCGAGGCCAACAGCGCCCGUGGCUUCCAGAUUCCCUAUGUGACCUACGAUGAGGAUUACGAGCAGCUGGUAGAAGACAUUGUGCGGGACGGCCGGCUGUACGCCUCUGAGAACCACCAGGAGAUCCUAAAGGACAAGAAGCUCAUCAAGGCUUUCUUUGAGGUGCUGGCCCACCCCCAAAACUACUUCAAGUACACAGAGAAACACAAGGAGAUGCUGCCAAAAUCCUUCAUCAAGUUGCUGCGCUCCAAAGUUUCCAGCUUCCUGAGGCCCUACAAAUAGUGCCUACCGGCCCGAAGACGCAGGUUUCGGAGCCCCAGACUCCUUAGCCCUCAGAGCCGGCAGCCCCCAACCCCAGUCAUGAACUCUGUCUUUCUGGAGGACUAUUCACUACGCAGACCAGACACUCUCCCUGUCUGUCUUCCAGCUUCCUUGUCUCUCUCUCUCUCUCUCCUCUUCCGUGCUUCUCUGGAAAAGCCGUUCAGUGCUGGCUCCCCCCCCCCCCCCGCCGCCCCCAGAGGUGAAGGGAUAGUGCUGUCCCCUCCCUUCCCACUGUGCCAGCUCAGGUCCCCGGCCCAUCAGCUUGGAAGGGCACUAGAGACCCACAGUAGAGGAGGGUCUGCUGGGGAAUGGGGACAGGACGGGUAAGAAGGGCUUCUACCAUUAUAGGGUGGUGCCUUGCUAGUCAGGAGCCAGAAUAUCCCCUACUGUGCUCUCCAGGGUGACUCUUAAUAUUAACCCAGGGUCCUGCCAAAGUAGCCUUAACCUUACCGGCUAAUGCCAACACCCGGCUGCUGGGGCACAAGGCUUGAGCCUUGGGCCACCUACACGGUUGGCUUUCUCCUCUGUACAGCUCCUCCCUUUCUUCCCUUGUAUGUCUGCGCGAGGCCAAGCCCAUAGGGGCUCACGAACAGCCCGUACCACCAGGCUGGCAAUGCAGAAGAGCGGCGUGGCUCCCGGGGAGACGGCAGCUCUGUAGGGCACAGAGCAGGCGUCGCAGCACUGCUGAAAACAGAAAGAAGAAACUGGGACUCCUAAAGGACUCACCUGCAGAACAAGUGGGAACCAGCCUCCAACACUGGUCCUUCUUCUUGUCGCCCCUGGCCCAGCCACACCCUCACCCCACCGAAGUGCCCCCUGGGGGAGCACUCCUCCCCUGGCUAAGUGCUGUCCUUAAAGAAAGCUGGCUGUGGAGCCUCGCCAGCCUGGGCCUCUGCCUACAGCUGCCUUUCCCUUGUAGCCCCACGUGGCUUGUGGGCUCCUCCAGAGGGACCCCACUCGGCAGCCACCUGGGCCGCCUACCUCUGGCUUGGGCUGUGGGCAGCAAGAGGAGUGUGUGCACUUGGCGAGCCUCCUGCCCACCCUGUCCACAUCGAAUAAGUGCAAUCACUCUGAGUCUUUCUGUGUUGUCUAGAGGGAGGGGCUUUGUUUCUUUUGUUCGUUUCUUUUUUCCUCUUACAAGAACUAUUUAUAGCUGUCCAAGAGAGAACAGUAUGUGGGGUGAAAGAGCAUCAGCUUUGACUCUCGUGAACCCAAGCGCUGGAGCAUCUCACCUGUCCCUCUGUGGCCACCAACAUCUCCAGGGCCCUGGGCCAGAUGAAGCCAGGGCCGUCCCCCAGGCUCUGAUGUGUAGCACAGUCAUUCUGGACAGCUGAUGGAGCAGGAAGGACUGCUGGCUAAGCCAAUCCUGCUACCCUGUGGACUCGAUGUGGAUUCAGGAUCGUAGAUGCAGAUGGAAUUGGUCAGUCAUCUACUGUGAGCAGGGAAAAACCCUCUUCCUCCCUUCAUGCUCUUCCUGGUGUGCAUGUGGAAGUGGACCAGGGGAUAGGCUGACUCAGGCUGCCAAGGACAGACGAGUGUGUGGGAACCAAGAACAGGACAGUGACCCACAACGAAGCGGGUGAAGGGACCAUCGCUGUGCCUGACACUGGCCACUGCUCCCUUAGGAGCUACAUCAAGGCUGACUCAGCUACUGUUUUUUAAAAAGAACCAAUUCCAUGCUCAAAUUCAGGCCCUGUACACAUCCCACCCUUGAUCCAACUGCUGUCUAUAAAAGUCCUGUUCAUUUGCUCCUUCUAGCUCCCUGAAGCUGUAGUCUUACCAGUUACCGGACUCCUCAGACCCUGUUCUAGGGGGCUGUCCCAGGCUAUUCUUCCCCAAGAAAAGCACUAAAUAAAGGAGCCUUAUUCCCACCACACCAGCCAGUGAACAGCCAACUGCAAAGCUAGGCCAUGACACAUUAGCCAAUACCCCGGGGCUUGGGGCUGGACGGAGGGCUGCUGCCUCUGUCUCCCUGGGUCAGAGGGCCACAUGAGACUGGUAAAGGCUUCAUCCAGAAGAGGAUAUAGCCAGUUAAGCAAGAACGUCAGCACUUCCCAGGAAGUGCGUGAAGACUGCCUAAAUCUACUUUGACCAUCCUACCAGGCGCUGGAAUGGCUUCCGACUCCUCCCCUGCCAUUUUCAGAAAGCAGUGAGGUUUCUUCCUCAGCUCGGCCACCAGGGAUCCUCCUCCCCUCCUUCCUCUCACACCCUGCACACAGACACACCUCCAGUCACACCCGAGCUCCACGGUGCAGCCAACAGACCACUGGGCUCACUGAUAUCCAGACAGGUGCCAAUGUGCAGGUAAGGUCGCUCCAUCAACCACGUUUAGUUGGGUCAUUUCAGUUGACAAUUGUGGAUCCACGCAAAGCUGCUGCUGAGCUUACAGAGGAAACUGGCCCUGGGGCACCAAACCAGGGGUUAAGUGGUGUAACACUCAGGGACUCUAGGGAUUUCACAGGUCAGACAAUAGAGGUCUCCAGUGGUAAGGGGGGGGUGGGGGCGGAACAGGAAGGUGGUGUAAAUAGGAAUCUUUCAUGAAUUGACCCAAAGGCUUCCCUGCAGGAUGGGGUGCUUAUGGGUGCAAAGGACUGUGGGACCUCACUCUUCUUAGCACAAGGCCUGGCCUGAUCUGAGCUUGGGCACAGAAAGCCACUUCCUGAGGGCUCCAGGGGCCAAGUGACGUGUAUCAGGAAGGCACUUACAGCCUCUGCAGCACUGUGACCCCUCUUUGACUCCCACCUCUUUCUGUAGUGAGGCCAGCCCAUCUCUAACCCUGAGGGGGUUCUCAAGAGCCAGGAGAAAACUGACCAAAACCUGGACUUGAGCUGCCCGGCCCAGGCCUAGACAUUCCCAGGGGCUUGCUACUGAGCUGCGCACGCCCUAACAUCCCCCAAAAUGGCAGGCCUGGCCUAUGGCCCCAGUGAAACUUUCUGAGACGCGCCCGCCAUAUGUGUGCUUGAGGUCACUCUGGAGUGGACCAUGGGGUCAUAUCUCAGUGUCAGAAAUGUUACAGAGCGCUCAGGCGUUUCGUGUUUGCUGCCGAAAUUCACUAUGACGGCUGCGAACCAACAGCAUAGAGACAAAUACAGCUGACCGUAGCAGAAAGUAUACACCGGCUGGCUUCUCUCAGAAGCACAAGGAACGUGGACGCACACAGCACGAAGGCGCCUGUCCCUGAGCCACUGCUUGGACUAGGAAUCCUGUCAGAAUUGAAGGGAGCAGGAGCCCCGCUGUGUUACCAGCUUACCCAGGCAAUACAGUGUGUCAAAAAGUUUGGACAAACUACAAACUCUGUUCUUCUGUAUGAGUUGAACUGAAGUUUCAAAGAAUCAUCAUCAAUGUGGGAGGCUUUUUUUUUUUUUCAAUACGGGAAGAAAUCUCAAAAUAUUGUAUUGAUAUCUGCCUUCCACUGCUGCCAAUAUAGUAAGCAUCUCAUACACGGUCAACAGUAAGCAGCAACUGAUGCAGUUCAUAGAGUAUUUUGCACUUGGGUAAAAAUAUGUAUCUGAACUUGUAAAAAAAAAAAAGUUUGGAUUUUGUACUGUCUUUUUUAUUAUAUUAUUAAAAUACUAAAUGAAA